AUGCCACGUCUCUCCCCAGCCUUGAUCCGCCAGGCCAGCUCGGAAAACCCGCUCCUGACACAGCUCUUGCAAGUAUGUCGCGACCUCCCGUCUGCUCGCAACGAGCUGCGGUGGCUCCAAGAACACGCCUACGAAGCCGUCAACGCGAAGAGAUACGCCAGUCAAGGACCGCCUGUGCCUUAUGCAGAUCAGGGAGUCGGAACUCCCCAAGAGAUGGGGUGGCCUGAUACGGAGGGGGUAAAACGAGGUCGAACCGAAGCUGAACACAGCCAUGUCCCGAAAGAGUCGAUUAAGCAAGGCUUGGGUAGGGUCCGCAAGCCCAAGGUUCUCUGGAGAAAGGUUGAAUCCCGUCGUCUGAUCAAAUCAUACCAGGCCCAAAUGGGAUACCAAAUCAGACUCAGGCAGUCCGGCGUCACAAUCGACACAAAUACAGCCUCCAAAGUUCAAGCACACGACGGACGAGCGGGCGGAGAGAUGUCUGGCCGCAUGAAGGCUGCGAUUCCAGACCAGAGAAAUAGCAGUUCGGAAACCACACACCAAAAGCGGGCACACGAUCCUACGGAAAAGAAGCGACCCAGGACUGUAAAAGUAUCCCGCCCACAGUCCGCCGCAAUCAGGUCACGGUCUCCUGACGGGAAGCGCGAACUGGGACUCCACGCCAAAACUGGGGAGGUGGUGCCAAGUACCCAGGCCGUCGGCAACGCUCAGGCUCGGGCUCAGAAGCUCCUGGCCCACAACGUCGACAGGAGAUCGAAGGGAGUGCCUCUCCAAUACAUUAUGGGAAACCAACCAUUCGGAACUCUCGACAUUCUGUGCCAGCGUGGCGUGUUGAUACCCAGACCCGAGACUGAGACCUAUACUGAAGAGGCGGCGAAGCUGCUGUUGGCGGCACUUGCUGCCACCCAGCCGACGGAUGGACCUUGGUGGCAGGAGCCCCGCAAGAUUCGCAUCUUGGAUCUCUGUACCGGGACCGGCUGCAUUGCGCUAUUGCUGCAUUCCAUCCUCAAGCCAAUUGAUCCAACCAAGCCUAGUCUGCCGCCUGGACUUGAUCUCGAGAUAGUCGGUAUCGACGACAAACCUCAGGCCGUCGAAUUGGCCCGCAAGAAUCUCCACCACAAUAUCUCUCAGAAGCUUCUCCGUCCCGAUGCAAUCCACUCUGUGUCGUUCCGCCAGGCAGAUGUUCUGGUUUUGGGAAGUAAACUGUACAAAGACAGGGACUCAGACGACCAACUGCGCAAGGUCGUGAAUGCUGCCGCAGCCGGGAUGGCGGACGAGGACAUCAGCCGUCCUUCCCUCUCAAGCGCGCCCUGGGACAUGGUCAUCGCGAACCCUCCCUACAUUGCAGCCAAGGACUACGAGCUGGGCGGAAAGACCGAGCCGAGCGUGCGCAACCACGAACCCAGAGAGGCGCUCGUGCCUCUGGCUUGUGGAUCCAUCAAAUCCUCGGCGAUCCUGCAGGCCGACCUGUUCUACCAACCACUCCGUCGCAUUGCUGAGGCGGCGGGUGCGCAACUUCUGGUCAUGGAGGUCGGUGAUUCCAGCCAAGCAGCUCGGGUCGGUAGCAUGGUCGUGAGUAAGGUCUCGACCGACCAUUCAAGAUCAAGUGACGAUCCCACCAGCGAAUUCUCGUGGGGCGACGGCGACGGCAUCCGACUCGAAGCAUGGAGAGAUGACUUGGCCGUGCGAGUCUUACCCACGGAAACACUCUCCACCAUUGAACCAGACCUCGCUCGAGAUCCAGACUCAGAAGUCUCCGACCGUGCCAUCGUGGUGUGGUCCGGAGAGCUGGCCAGCUGGCGUUGUCGCAAUCUUCCAGCGUCCAAUCGUCCCAAUUCGCCGUCAGAAGCGGUCCGAGCAAAGUUGAGGAGCGCGAGGGAAGAAGCGGCUAAAUCCCGGAAGGCCAUGUGGAUUGACUUGAAAGCCCAUGGUAGAGCACUAAGGGACUCCGCGACCUCGCCGCCCUCUGUUCUCGACCAGCCAGGAAUUUCUAGCCCAGGUCUGGCAGAAACGACAGCAGGAAGCACAGGGAUUGCCGGUGCAAUUAAACCGCAGCCGGAAAAAGGCACUCGGGGCUAUUGA